AUGCCUGGAAGGAUCACUCGAUCUCGCUCCAGCGAGUCUCCAGACCCAGGCGAUACUAUGCUGGAAGCAGACAAGAUAAUUCGCAAGCUCAAGAAAGAACGCGAAGACAAUAUCGGAGCAGUAAUGGCCGAAAGCAAUGCGGCUCUGACGGAACUUCGGGAGAAGGCCGCUUCUUGGCAGCGCGACUUGCAACAACAGCGGCAGAAGCGGCGGCUGGAUUGUAUUACGAGAUUGAUUGAACUUGAAGAUCGAAAGGGUGCAAUCGAAGACAAGAUGGGAAGCAUCAGUGCGAAGGCGCACGCAACAGUUGAAGAGUUGGAGGCUAUGCUGAUGGCAGGAUACGAGGGCAGAGAGAAGGAUGCCGCCAUCGCCCUGGAGAGGAUUGCCGGAAAACGGGAGAGCUGA